AUGCGCUUCAGGUAAAUAUUUACUGUUGGUUUGAUUUUUGUGAGGUUCUUUGUCCAUUUUUGAUUGGUGAAAGGGUAGCUUUUGAAUUUUUAAAAUUUAUUCAGGGAAAUAAUAAGAUUCUCCUUACAACUUUCUUCGUUUUGAUGUUUUUUUAGUACUGAUAGGGAUUUUUCAACCAAUAUUUUGUCUACUAAUUCUUAAUUUUUCAAAGUCUAUACUGAGUUUGUACACGAAAAGAUCAUUUUUCCCUGAAUUCGGGUUUUUUAGGCUUUUUUCUUGAAGUAUGAGUAUAGCCCGACGAAUUCGAGUUUUUUUGUCUUUUUUAGGACCAAUUUUCAAGUUUGUUUCAAGUUUUUUUUUUCUGUAAUUAUGGUCAGAAAAUAAGUUCGCAUAUUUUUAUUCGACAAUAUUUUAUUUUCUAUGAGUUCCAGCUUAAUAUUUACAUUGAUUUUAUUGUUUCCAAUUUUUUUGUGAUAGCUAAGGUCAAUAUUUAGUGGAUUUGAACUAUUUUUUUUUGCUUUUUAUUUUUGGGGUGCCUAGAAAAGUUCAUUUUUGGAAGAAUUAUUUUUUUUUAAUUCUUCGAUUUUUUUCGAUUUUUUUGACGGUAUGAAAUUUUUUUAUAUUAUUGUCUUAAACUUGUUAAGAACAGUUCGAAGUUUAAACUAAUAUUUUGCGAAAACUGAGCUUCUGAAAAAAAAUCUUGUAACUCUACCUCUGUGAAAAUAAAUUCGAUAAAAAAAUCCAGAAAAUACAUUUUAUUCAGACCUUACGAUGCUGCAAAAACGCAUUGUUUGAUUUUUGGAGCGAUUGUCCUUCAUUUUUUGACAUGACAGUGUCAAAGCGCGCGCCGGACCCGUCACGGUUUCCGCCUCCUUUGUCUGCAAAAAAUUGAGCUUUUUAUAGAGAUUUGACAGUUCUCGCUGGAUGCAUUUGUUUGCUCAUGGUCUUUGGAGAUCUGAUUUUUUUGGGAUUCCAAAUAAAUGAUGUGAAGCUUUGAACUUGGCCGCACUUGGGAUGGUUCAAAGCUUUGCGUUGAGCCAUUCCAAAUGCGACCAUACUGCACCAUGCAAGAGCUUAACAAGUUUUGGUGUCUCUAAUAAUUGAUAAUGACACAUGGCGCAAGCCUUUCCUAGUCGGAUGCAACUUAAAUUUGAGCCAUUCCAAAUGCGGCCGAGCAAAUGUACCUUGCCCUCAAAAUGGCUCAUUGCUCUACCUCUUAAUGAUGUCAAAAAGCGGAAGUCGUUACUAGUCGGAUGCGAAUUUAAUUUAAGACAAUCCAAGUGUCAGAACGAGAAAAAUUAAAAAAUUCACUCAAGUGCUCACUCAAAACCUUUCAGCAGAGCUCGAAACGCAUUAGCCUUACUCUUCCUGAUCGGUUCAUCCAUCGCCGAUGACGUCAUCGACUCGUCGACGCCUUCAGAAUCCUCUUCCACCGUCGAGCCAGAAGACGUCACGGUGACCCUCGAUGAGAAGCCCCUCGACGUGAGAGCUCUCCUGGAAAUGACGUCAUCUGAAUCUGAUUUCAGGACGACAUCGACAGCGAGCUUCUGGCGAAACUCGGCGUCGCCAAGGACAUGCGAGGCCGGAAGAGAAGUUGGUCAUUUCUUGGGUUGCUCUGAAGUGUUCGCAUUUUCGAGUCGUCCUUUCUAAUUUUGAAGUGCCCGCAUUUUCGAGAUUUUCCCUCCUUAUUGGGUUCUUAAAGUUAGCAUUGGAGUUUGAGCCUUGGAAAACUUGAAAAGAAGCCUGUUUGAAGUCCAUAAUUGCUGAUUUCAAAAGUGACCGCAUUUUCGAGAUUUUUUCUUUCUAGAAGUUCCUUUAGAGUCUUUUACUUUGAAAAAUAUCUGAUCUUACAAGAUUUUUACCGUCUCUUCUAGCUUCUGAAGUUUAUUUUUGCAAUAAUUUUUGAGAUUCACUUUUUUUAUGAUAGCUUAUCACGUCUACGGCUAUCGUUCAUUUAAAAAUGUUCGCAUUUUCGAGAUUUUCAGACAUCUCAAGGUCUUUUCUUUUCAUGGAAUAAUUUUUUCAAAAGUGAUCGCAUUUGCAAGCUUCGAAGUUGAGAACAAGUUCUCAAAACUAGAUUUUUGAAACUGUUCGCAUUUUCGAAACCGUCCGUCCUUUCUGCUUUUUCUGUAGUGUCCACCCUCUGAAUUUUUUUCCAACAUACCGUAACCCUCUCUCCUAGAUCUACCGUAACCACUUGCCGUGUGUUCAGAAAUGCACACAGAGUCUGCUGCAGAUCCGUUCAACAACUUUGGCGGCAGCUACGGAUCCUACGGUGGCGGUGGAUACGGUGGCGGCGGCGGCGGUGGUCCGUUCGGCGGCUUCAACGGCGGUUACGGUGGGUUACUGUAGCUUGAGAAGUCGUCAAUGUAACUUUAGUUCAAGAUUUUUAGGCUUCUUCGAAAGCCUUUGGGUUUUUUGAAAGCUUUUAGGAGUUACUGUAGCAUUUUCAGAAGAUGCAGUAGCCAGUGUUACUGUAGACAUACUUCCUUUUGAGGCCUACUGUAGUUUGCUUAAUUUUAUUCCAUGUUUCAGGCCAAGGCGGCUACGGAGGCGGCGGAAUGGGAGGCGGAGAUGGUGGAUACGGUGGCGGUUACGGUAAUGGCGGCUACGGAGGUGGCGGCUACGGUAACGGCGGCGGCGGUGGUGAUUUUGGCGGCGGCGGCGGUGGCUACGGUGGCUACGGAGGCGGUGGAUACGGUGGAAUGGGAGGAGGACCCGGCGGUUACGGUAAGUAAUAUCGAAGUGACGUCAUCUUUCAAGAAAAAACUUUUAGGAAUGGGCGGCAUGGGCGGAGGUGACUAUGGCGGCUAUGGAGGUGGAAUGGGAGGCGGCGGCGGAGGUUACGGUAACGGAGGCGAUGGAGGCUACGGUGGCGGAUACGGUGGAAUGGGUGAGUUGAUUUUGCCCAGUUAGUUGAGCAGAAGUUCGUUGGUCUACAGCAGGGCUUCACUACUUAGACUUACGGCAUUCACAGUUAAAGUAAUCCUACAGUAGUCUAAGGAUACAGUAAUCCCUUUCCCAUCUCAAAGACUUUUCUGCAGGAGGCGGCGGCGGCAUGGGAGGCGGUGGCUUCGGCGGCGGCGGUUACGGUGGAUACGGUGGCGGAAUGGGAGGCGGCGGCGGUGGUGAUUACGGUGGCGGCUACGGUCCUUCUGGAGGCUACGGUGGCGGCGGUUACGGUAUGGGCGGAGGAGGCGGCGGCGGCGGUGGCUGUCCCAACGGAGAGUGCCGAGGAAAGAAGUAGAAGGUGAGAGGGUUACUGUAGGGGUACUGUAGCUUUCAGCAUUGGGAAAAAAACUUUUAAAGUUCAUACUGAAACUAAAGAAACUGAAAAAUAUUUCCGGCUUACUGUGGAAAGUACUGUAGCUAUAAAAAUAUUCAAUUUAGGAGUUUUAGGAUUACUGUAGAAAACUUUUCGGGUUACUGUAACUCGAAAAAUCUUGAUAAAUUUGAAGUUUCUAUACUAGAUUCCAAGGUCAUUGUAGGAGUUGAAAAACACUCGAUAAAAAUCUUGAACGAUUACUGUGAGAUCUGCACAUGGGUUACGGUAGAAAAUACGAAUUUUCAGGUCCCUUCACUUCCAUCCACAACACACCCCGCUAAUUUAUUGA